AUACAGCAGGUACAGUCGAUUUGAACAUGAAGCCAUACGCUCUUAUUAAUUUCCUGCUCGUUUGCAGUGUCAACGGUUUUAAGAUCUCUAAAGACAGCGAUAAUGGGUUUAGUCUCGAGAGCAAAGAGUCCGAGAUAAGUGAUCUUAUGGAUGGUGCAGUGAUUGAUGAUAAUGGCAAUUUAGUGAAAAUUGACUUAACCGACAAUGACGAUGAAACUGAAGAAGAAACGAAGAAGGAUUUGCAUAAUCGCGUGUUCUUCUAUCUAUAUACGAAAGCUACUCCAAAUAAUCCGGAAAAAUUAUAUCUCGAUGACCUCAAAGCAUUAAAAAAAAGCCACUUUAAUUCAAUGAAACCGACAAAAUUUGUUACACAUGGAUGGGUAAACUCUCACGAUAGUAAAGCAAUCAAGAUGGUCCGUGAUGCAUACAUCAAAAGCGAAGAUUGUAAUGUCAUUGUGAUCGACUGGAGCACGAUAUCAAUUAGGCCCUAUCUCUGGGCUAGCAGGCGUGUGGUAAUGGUCGCGCAAUACACUUCCCGCAUGAUCGAUUUCCUUCAGAAGCAAGGAAUGAAUUUAUCAAAAGUAACCAUUGUCGGCCAUUCUCUUGGUGGUCAUGUAGCCGGUUUAUCAGCUCACUAUGCUAAAGGCACAGUAGCUUAUGUUGUCGCUUUAGACCCCGCUCUUCCCAAUUUCGUUCACGCCGGCAGGGGUGCUAGGGUUUCCAAGGGGGACGCUUUGUACGUGGAGGUGAUUCACACGAACGCGGGUGUACUCGGUUACAACACCUCGAUCGGGGACAUCGACUUCUAUCCAAAUGGUGGCACCUCGCAGGUUGGUUGCGUCGUGGACGUAGGCGGCGUUUGUUCUCAUCCACGAUCGUUUGAGUACUUCGCGGAAUCUAUCAACUCCAAAGUGAAAUUUUGGGGGCUGAACUGCAACAGCUACAACAAUUUCCUCAAAGGUGCCUGCAGAUCGAAUGCCAGAGCUAUUAUGGGAGGCCUAAAAACAAGUUUCAAUGACAAAGGAACGUAUUUCUUAAAAACAAACUCGAGAUCACCGUUCGCUCAGGGUGCCAUUUAAAUUGGAGCAUUAAUCGUGAAUGAACGUCAGUGACGUGUUAUAAAAGAAAGAACGAGUAAUUACAGCUUGAAAUACAUUAAUGUUUAUUUAGUUCACGAAUAGUUCGAAAUUGGAUUAGAUACGUAGAUUUGAAUGAUAUGUAUCCGUUUGAAAACAAUUUCGUGGGUCUCAUUUUUAUGAGAAGAAGUGAUAAUAUUUGAAAAGUAUUUGCUAUAGAGUAACUCUUAAAUUGACACUUUAAAGUUCCGUUUAGAACAUUUAAAUUGUAACACUAACUCGUAAAACUUUUGGGUGGAAAGCAAUAUUGUUAUUCCGACAAUAUUACACAAUGAAGUGAAAGUGUUCCAUCAAGAUCUACUAACAGUAACCAUAGAAUAUUCUACCGAGAAAUAAGAAAUUACCUGUACAUACUAUUUCUAUGUAAUAUCAUUAUAUAUGUAUAAUAUAAUUUUAUUAGAUAUUGUAAAUAAUGUAUAAAAAUGAAGAUAAUAU